GUCCGUUGUGACACCUGCUAUCACACAAUCACCGGACACCGCUUCAAAUGCACCGUUUGCACGGAUUUCGACAUCUGCUCGAACUGCGAGGCAAGAAAUGCUCAUUCGCAGCAUACAAUGCUUCGUAUGGUCUG